AUGUCACAUCGAAUUUCAUCACAGCCCCCUCAUUCAGCCACAUAUCCAGCCAAACGAGAACUGGAUGUGGAUAUGGAAAACUGCGACGGGGAAAACCGAGGAAAAACUACUUGCUGUGCUGGCGAUAAAAACACGGAUACAAACCGAUGUCGACUGGUGCCAGGCACAAGGAUAACCCGUGGGUGGUCGGUGUGUGCUCGAAUCGAUGAGCAGCCGGGUCCUGGCCCAACUUGUUGCCAAUACAAUCAAUUCAGCAUGUCGCAUAUUAUUCGAGCUGUCUCACGGACCGAAGGAACUAAGCCAAAUUUGCAACCGCAGGCAGGGAUUUUUCGAUUGGGUGUGAUGUGAUAUGUUGCUACUUUGGCUUAGCAUCAGUACAUAUCCUGGUAAUGUC